AAGCAAGGGAGGGAUAGAGAGAAAGAAAGAACAAGGGGCUGGUGGAGGAAGAGGAGAGGGGAGUUGGAGAAAUCGGGGAAUAACACUUAAGAAAAAGCGCACAGAGGAGAGGAGGGACGGCACCCGGCGCAUUGGACAUCCCCAGCUUCCUUCCCUCGGGCUGUCACAGCAGAUUGGACUCCGAAGGACCGACACGGCGGCCACCCCAGACCCCAUGGGGUAACAGAUGUUUUAAGGAGAGGCUUUUGUUCAGCUACACAGAUGAACAACAGGAAGGAGGACAUGGAGAUCUCAUCUCACUACCGUCAGCUCCUCAGAGAGCUCAAUGAGCAGAGGCAGCACGGCAUCCUCUGUGACGCCUGUGUCAUUGUGGACGGAAAGAUCUUCAAGGCCCAUAAGAAUGUCCUUCUGGGCUCCUCACGCUACUUCAAGACUCUUUACUGCCAGGUUAAGAAAGGAGCCGAGCCUCCCCAUCAGACUACUGUUACUCACCUCGACAUCGUAACGGCAACCGGCUUCAAAGCCAUCUUGGAUUUUAUGUACUCAGCUCACCUUGCCCUUACCAGUAAGAACGUGAUCGAGGUUAUGUCGGCCGCCAGCUACCUUCAGAUGACGGACAUUGUCCAAGCCUGCCACAGCUUCAUCAAGGCUGCUCUUGACAUCAGUAUCCGCUCAGAAAUGGCCGAUGAGCUGGCUGACUUUGAAAUGGGAGCUGUUGCUGCAGGUUUAGGAGGAGGUGGAGGAGUAGCUGGGGUUGGAGGAGGGGUAGGUUUAGCUGGAGCAGGGGGUGUUCCAGGUGCUAGCUUGGGAGGAGGUGGGAUAGUGGGUAUAGCCUCUGAAGCGUUGGCCUCUAUAAUUUCUGGUCGCAGCACCUCUCCCUGGCUGGCACGCAGAACUAGUCCAGCCAACUCCUCUGGGGAUUCAGCCAUUGCCAGUUGCCAUGAGGGAGGCAGCAUGUAUGGGAAGGAAGACCAAGAACCUCCUAAGAGCCAUGAGAGCCAAGAGGAAGCCUGUCAUGACUCUCAGCCUGCCUGGCCUCAUGACUAUAGGCCGGUCAGUGUCAAAGAGGAACAAGUUUCUCCUGCCUCUUCUUCUCAUCCAAGGGACACUCCCAAAGGGUCAACACAUGUAGAACAAGGGACAGGGGGAUCUAGUGGUGGAGGUGUUGAAGGACCCUGGCAACCUCUAUCAGGGUCAGGCCGGAGGAAGAACAGGAAGAACAAGGAUACAGUCAGGCAUAUUACCCAACAGGCUGAGAAAACCUGGGAUCGGCAGCGAGAUAGGGAGAGAGAAAGAGACAGUAGGCCUGGAUCACCACUCCCCUCCAUGCUGGCUGUCACUGGAUGGACCUACAAUGGACAAGACAUUCCAGGGGCAGACGUGACCGAACCUAACAGCUCAGACAGCCGUGGCGAACGCCUCGAUUUUUUCCUUAAGCAGGAAGAGGCUCUCACAACAGAGCCGGGCUUCCUGGGCGCCAACGAAUCGGAGGAGGCCAGCGGAGGAGCGGGAGGCGGAGGCAUCUCGUCAGUAGCCAAUCUGAAGGCAGCGCUCAUGAGUAAGAACAGCCUGCUGUCGUUGCGGGCUGAGAUGAUGGGAGAUGAUAACCCCUUGCUGUAUGAGUACCUGCCCAAAGGAGGACACUCCCUGUCCUUGAAUGACUUCACGGUGAUCCGUAAAAAGUUCAAGUGCCCCUACUGCAGUUUCUCUGCUAUGCACCAGUGCAUCCUUAAGAGGCACAUGCGCUCACACACCGGUGAGAGGCCCUAUCCAUGUGAAAUCUGUGGCAAGAAGUUCACCAGACGGGAGCACAUGAAGAGGCACACGCUGGUCCACAGCAAGGACAAGAAGUAUGUGUGCAAGGUGUGCAGCCGGGUCUUCAUGUCCGCAGCAAGCGUCGGGAUCAAACAUGGCUCCCGGCGGCAUGGGGUCUGCGCAGACUGCUCAGGCAGGGGGAUGGCUGCGCUGCUGGACCACAACGGGGAGACGGGUGGCGACAUCUCCCCCGAGGAGGAGCUGUAUCCUGGGGAUCGGUUUCACGACGACCAGGCAGAGUGCGAUGGCGACGGGGAGGGGGAGGAAGAGAUGAUGGUGGAAGGGGACAGUGAGAUUUUGGGGGAAGGGGAGGAGGAGGCGGGGAAGUGGAAGGACUCAGGGAUUGCCGCCGAGGCACACAGAGCACUGGACAAUGAGAAGGAGGAGAGUGACUCCUCCGCUCAUGAGGGGGAGCAGCAGAAUGGGAGCGAGAAGGACUUUGCCUGGAUCUCGUAGAACCUUUCAAGCCUCCUGUUUGUGGCUCAUCAACCAAUCUCUGGAGAUCUUCUCUGAUCUCUCAGGCAGAUUCCUCUGCUCACUUUACCCACUCGCCCCACCCACUGUGGGCAGGCCUUCCUUUGGAGAUGCUGUAGGGUGAUGCACGACAAUGAUCGAAACACUCAAAUGCACACACACACACUUUCUCAAGCUUGACCGCCAUAGAAGAAGAGUAAUCAAGAGAUGGCUUGAGUACAAGGCUUUUUUCCGCUUACCUCCUCCUCUACAGAUGCAGUGUUUUUGUGGUUUUUUUUUCUUCUUCUUGAGGGUUCAGGCUGGAGUCCAGCUGUUUUCUGCUCUGUCACAACAGGAAUCAGGCUGCCAAGGAGGUGGCCGGGGCUAGACUGCAACUUUGUAUGUUUGCCAUCACAAUCAUUGCAGAAACCAAGGAUCAUAGACAGAGUAAGGAGAGGACAGUCAGGAAAGAGGGGGUCUCAAAGCCAGAGUCUAAAUCUAUUGCAAAGAUUGAGUGUCAGGGUGGGGGCCUGGGAACCCCCAAAUGACACAUUUUUCCUUUUUGAGUCCUACUGCCACAGACUUGCACUUUAAUGACAACUGACUCCUAUCAAAGUCCUGAACCCGUGGUUUACAUUUUUUGAUCUGACAUUUACUUACCUGAACAACUCGGUGACCGCACCUACCUUUAAGGAUAUACCUUAUGUCCUCUCUGACUGUUAUCGCCAGAUAGAAAUCACUGAAUCUUUGUGCAGAUUGCUGUUUAUAGAGCCUAUGCCUUUUUAGUGGGGGGUCCUUUAUCUUUUCUUCUCUUAAGUUUGCUGCCUGGUUGCUAUUGAUCCAUUCCAACAGAAACUGGAGAUUUGUACAUAAAGAUGUUAAAGAAGGGUGAAAAGAAGGCCGUGUGAGACAAAGAGGAAGAGAGAAUAAACUUUGCUCUUAGAAAUUUGAGAGUUUGAGACGAGACGUUUCAGCUCCGAGAGUCAAUGUGAGCACAGAGUGGAACUACCUUACACUAACAAACACUCUUUGUCUCUCACGCUGAAGUUUGUGAUGAUAGGACCUGAGAGGCAAGUCUCUCACACCUUUUUUCCCCCCCUCCCUUGUUUCAUUCUUUCUUAUUUUAAUUUAUCCUUCCUCAGACUUGUACAUUCAAGUUUCUCCACACGGAAUAUGCAGACACUUUUCACAAUGACCUUUUUUUUUUGUGCUUGAGUUUCUCCUGCUUUGUAAGGUGUUAAGAAAAAGGAUCAAUGUUGUGCUUGAAGUUCAGAGGUUUCAGUAUUUGUAUAAAAUUUGAUUUGUUAUUUAUUGAGAAAAAGUCUUUUCCUUUCUGUGUGUUUGCGUGUGUGAAUGAGGGUCCGGCGUCCAGAAAGAGUCUACACUGAUUUAUAAAUUUAUUUCUGAUUUUUUUUUUUUUUGUUUUGUUUCUUUUUCUUAGGGGGGUGGGGCAAAAGUUGUGGACAAUUCAAGUGAGGUUGGUGAUAUAUGUCUUAAUAUAAUGAAUAUCAGAACUAUGAUUAUUGUUGUUGAUGUUGCUAUUAUUAAUUAUUCAUAUUAAGUGCUGGAUGAUAAGCUUUACUGUGUGUUUUUCUUUUAUUUGAUAUUUUCUAUCUUGUAUAAAAGGAAAGCUUUUAUACUUUUGCCUUGUUGUGGACAGCAAGCCAUGGAGCUUUUUAUCAAUCUUUUAUCGUGCUGGUUUAUGCUUUAUUUUUUUUGUCAUAUUUCUUUAUUUUAACUACUGGGGGAAAAAACACAUUCACUCUUCUGCUCCUCUCUUAGAUAUUGAUUGAAAUGGUUUUUUUCAGCUUAUGCUUUUUACAUCUCUAAUGUACACUAAUUGAUUAAUACGGAACCAAAAAAAAAGAGAAAAAAAAAUGUCAUUCUAGUACUUUUGUAUACAUGAAGUGCUUUUGUUUCGCAGUUCGUGUUUAAACGAGUGCUUUUUGCCUUUAUAGCUGUGGUUAACAUGUUUCGUUGUUGGGUUGUUUUUAUAUAUUUUUUUUCACAAGCCUGUUGCUAUCCCUUACAAUCAGAUUAAAAAAGUGCACAUUUUGGUUUUGUUUUCUGUUUUAUUCUUGUUCAUUAUGAAGAGCUGUGUAAGACGGCCGGCUUGCUUUUGCGGACUGCACCCUGAAAAUCAAGCAGAUGAGAUCUUUAUUUUAUUCGUUCACAGUUCAAAUAACACACAAGUACAGAUUAACACUCCUCUUUUAUGUGAGUGUGUGCAGUCUGGAUCUCAUUCUGCAAUAAAGAUUAAAAAAAUGGAAAGGAAAUGCUGCAGCUGUGAUGGUUAAACACAUCAGGCUCUGUUGCAGGUGCCAUGGAUUGUACUGCUGGUCAAAAGAAGUUAAAAACACAGCACAACACGUGAUGCUUUCUUCAUUUAUAACAGCUCUGUUAUUCAUUGUAUUUUUGACCCAUUUUUUAAACUGUUCUUUUUUGGGGGUUAAAAAAGACAAUAGGGUAGAAAUUUUGAUGAAUGUUAGUAAUGGGUGGAAAAGGAGCCCAUGAUCAGAGACAAAUCUGUCCUGUGGUGCUGUUAUGGCCACUUAGAGACAUCUGGAUGUAUGUUUGAUUUCCUCCCGGAACCCCUCACCUUACACUUUACUCUCUUUUCACAUGUGCUGUAUGUGCUCUUCCUCAUUCCGGGUUGUACUUCAGGAAAACGUCCGCCAUUGACCCCUUAAUAUGUGCCUCAAUGACAUUUUUUUCACCCGGGUGCUUGCGAGAGCGUCUGUGUGGAAAGAUGAGAAAAUAAUGGUGUCUGUAGGUAGAGAUUAUCAAGACUUUUUUUUUUUUUUUCUCCAAACGAGACAAAUCAGAACUGGGCAACUUCAUCUUCCCCUCUUUCCUCGACCUAUCUGUGGUCCUAACUUGCAUGUCUGUUUUCAUUUUUUUCAUACCAAAGCAACAUCUUCUGCAUCUGUGCACGGCGGCCUCAUUCCACAGUGCAAAACUGGAACUCUUUGCUCUUUUUGCAGAUGAAUAUGGGUAUUCUUUGACGUGUACAAACUGCAAUCCUCAUUCAGCCUGUAUAGCUUGACUGACAUGUGAAAAUCAUGAAGCCAUAGAUAUUGGUAUAUCUAUAUUCUACUAUAUUUCAAAAAAAAGAAAAAAUUGGCGCUUUUUACUUUAGAGUUUGUUCCUCUACUAAGAGUGAUGUGUGUAUACCUUCAUAUAUAUGGAUUUAUAUUACUAUUAUAUAUUAUUUAUUUACUCUUUCAAGUUUCAAAAGGUCUUUUGUUUAAAAAAAAAGGUCACACUUGAAGCUUGAGGUUUGUUUUUGUUUUUGUUGGGAAUAUUUGUUCAAUAUGAUACUGACUUUAUAAUGAUUAUUAUCAUAAUCCUGUGUUUGUAACAAAAUGUGGUAAAUAAUCAGAAAAAAAAGAAAAAAAAACUGUCCUGUUUUUACACCUGCUUUGUUUUUGGGCAGAUUUAAGUGCUCUUGUGCUGAUAUAUUAUUUUGGUUGAUAGUACUGAUCACAGAACAUUUCUUUUGCUGUCCUCCAUAAGCCUUCUGUUUCGGUGUUGGGUCGAGACCGCAAUUCGUCCAAGCCUCUUUCUAACUUCAUGUUUAGUGGAAGAAAUAGCUUACCUUUUAUUUGCAAAUCCAAUCAGUCUCAAUAAAUUUUGAAAU